UCUCGAGUGUCUGCCGUGUGGCGGAGGCUCGCCCCUGGCGCACGCGCUGGUGACGGCAGUGCGGGCAGCGGAGGUGGCCAAGAAGCGCGGCGAUGUGGGGCAGGUGGUGGCCGUGCUGCUCACGGACGGCCGCGCCAACGUGCCGCUCGCCACGUCGCUGGAGGCCAUGGAGGGGGCAACAGGGCGGGGUGGCGGGAGCAGUGGUGGGAGCAGGGAGGGGGGGGAGGGCGUAGGGGAGGAGGAGAAGCUUCCUCCUAGGCUGGAAGAUAUCAAGGCGAGCUUCUGCGUGGUUAUCUCUGCUGUCUACGUCUUUCCCCUCCUCUCCUCUCCUCACCUCUCCUCUCCUCUCCUCUCGCCUCUCUUCUCUUCUCCUUGUUCUCCGGCGCGGGCAACGGGGGCUCAUUCCGUCACAGCUACCCCUCCUUGCACCCCUUCACCCCCCCCGGUUUCCCUCCUGUGCUGUGCUCCCACGCCUUUCACUCAAGUGGUUGUAUUCUGACAUGUGCUCUCAGGAGGAGGUGUUGAGCAUAGCAGCCCGCAUGGGGGCGGCAGGCAUGCAGCUGCUGGUGAUUGACACGGAGAACAAGUUUGUUUCAUCUGGCUUCGCAAAAGAGAUUGCAAAACACUCUCGAGGGAAGUAUUUCUAUCUCCCGCAUGCGUCUGUCGCUACUGUAGCUGCCACCGCUCGUGCAGCCAUGCAGGACUUCAGAAAGCCCUAGGGCCUUGCAUUAUGCAGGUCAUGCUGUACAUAUUCCUAGUACAAGUGCAGAUGCCCAAUGCGUUUGUACAUACCCCUAGGGUAGUGUGUUCUAAGACUACUACUGGCACUGUGGUUUGAUUUGGUCUAAACAUGAGCAGCAGUGUUUUUAGUACCGUAAUGUUCAAAUUAUAUUUUUAUAUAAUUGUAG